AUGCAUUACAUCCGGGCAGUUCAGACUGAAUCGGGUUAUUCGGUGCGUUGCUUUUCUUUCUUUCGUUUCUUCUCUCUUGGCUCCUCUUUGUUUGUUCGCUUCUUUCUUUCUUUCUUUUUUGUCUCCUCGUUCAUUCUUUUUUUCUUUUUAAUACUUUCUUCCUUUACAUUAUACUUUGAUUCUUUCUUGUCGCUUCGUUCUUUCUUUCUUUCUUUUUUCUUUUUUCUUUCUUUCUUUCUUUCUUUCUUUCUUUUUUAUUUAUUUAUUUUAUUUUAUUUUAUUUUCAUUCUUUCUUUUUUUUUAUCUUUUCUUUCUUUCUUUCCUAAUUUACUUUUUUCUCCUCUUUCUUUUUCUUUCUUUUGCUGUUUCUUUCUCUUUCUUUUCUCUUCAUUAUUUUUUUGUAUUCUUUCUUUCUUUCCUAAUUUACUUUUUUUUCUCCUCUUUUUCUUUCUUUUUUGUUUCUUUCUCUCAUUCUUUUCUCUUCAUUAUUUUUUGUAUUCUUUCUUUCUUUCUUUUUUCCUAAUUUACUUUUUUCUCUUCUUUCUUUUCUUUCUUUUUCUUUCUCUCAUUCUUUUCUCUUCAUUAUUUUUUGUAUUCUUUCUUUUCUUUCAUUUUUUUUUCUCCUUUUCAUUUUUUUCUUUUGUUGUUUCUUUCUCUCAUUCUUUUCUCUUCAUUUUUUUUCUUUUCUUUUUUCUUUCUUUUCCUAAUUUUACUUUUUUCUCCUCUUUCUUUUCUUUCUUUUUUGUUGUUUCUUUCUCUCAUUCUUUUCUCUUCAUUAUUUUUUGUAUUCUUUCUUUCUUUUUCUUUCUUUCCUAA